AAUGACUCAUUUCGUGUGCUAUAGAUACUUAUGAACAUAACAGCUUGGCUAUUUUUCAGGUUUGCUUAUUUAUGUGACUAAUUCCAUGCUACAUCUUAACAUAAAUUAACUAUUUAGAAGAAACUGUUAGCAUCUAGUUAUUUUAGGAAUCUACGUGUCAAAACUAACAUUUUGGUAUAUUAGUUGACUAUUUUUGUACAAAUUUGUUCAUAUCUAUUCGUGUUUGAAAUUCAACACUAUUCUACUAUAUAAACGACACUUAAAAAGCAGGACGACAUUGAUACAUCUGGUAAUUCAUCAAGUGGUGUUAUAGAGCAAAGUCUUAGAUCACGACAUUGUAUAAUUCAUGUAACACGAACUGUGAACGUGAGAUAAGCUAUUAUCUCCGAUUCGUCAACGAAACAAGGGUCGGACUGUGUCUGCCGGUUUGUACGUACCGACAAUGGUGUACACAGUACGAUUAGGUCUGAUUUUAACCAGCGUAAUUGUGCAAGUGGUCAGAGGAUGUCCGAACGGUUGGACAGCUUUCAAUGAUUCCUGCUAUUUGAUAUCCUUUCAUAAGGAAGAUUGGUCAGCCGCGUCGACUGAUUGUCACUCCUACCAUGGUUAUCUUGCUGAGGUUUUAGAUUCGAACGAGAAUAACUUCCUGACUGAAUUGGUCACACAAUAUCAAAAACACGAAGACUACUGGUUGGGCGCUACCGACAUAUUUGUGGAGGGAGACUGGCGAUGGAAUGUAAAUGGUCAACAUUUAAAAUACACCAACUGGCAACACGGGGAGCCAAACAAUCUUCACUCCCAUGGCGAGGACUGUUUAGCGGCCCACUAUAGUAGCUCCCGCGUCCAAUGGAGAGAUUAUGCAUGCACGUCGAAACAUUAUUUCAUUUGUGAGACUAGAGGCAGAUGGAUAACGUUCGGCUGAAUGUCAAUCAGUGCCCUUUACAAAAGUAUAUGGUAUCAUAUAAAUAAUUUGUAUUAGUAGUUUUUCCUGUAAUAUGUAUUAACUCCAAACUUGUUUAUAUGCGUAUGUUGAAUAGACUGACGGCAAAAAUCACAAAAUAAUAGAUGUUAUCUUGCUUAAAGUGCACCAUUAUUAAAGAAUAAAUAAAACAAAUUUGAAUCGCACACAAUACAUUGGAGUGGUAUAGAAUGCUUUGCAUUUGAUGAAAUGGAAGCGGGAUAUUUUACUUUAAAUAUAUUUCAAAACAUUGUCCUAUGUACAAACUGAAUUCAAUAAAUUAUCUGUUUUUAUAA